UAAGCAGAAUAGCUAACGACAUCGUUUUAGAGGAAGCGUUAAUCACUGACUGAGCUUUGACCUCGGAAUUCGGCGAUUCUCGCAACCCAAACCUCCAUAUUCACCUUCCUUCUUCCUUCUCUCCCUCCACGGUUACGUCUCUCUGAUGGUCCUUCUGUUUUCUUCCGUCUACUACCCACUGCAUCAACACUAGUCUCCUUUUCACUGGAUCCUCCUAAUCCCAGAUCGAGGUCUUUUUCUUAGCGCUUUUUCUGUAGACUGGUUGACUAGGUUUUAGAUAGUGAUGUCGAACAACAACAAUAAUAAUCCUUCUAAGGGUAUUGGGGCUCCGUCGUCGUCGGCUUCUUUCGGAAAUUCGGCAAUGCCCUCCCCCGGAAACCCUGGUUUCUCCCAAUCCCAAGCACAAGCACAGCUUGCUGCUGGUUUUCAAGGGCAGUUCCCAAUGUCCCAAGCACACGCCAUUGCUCAAGCUCAGUCCAAAGCAGCUCAAGCUCAUGCUGCCCAAGCAGCUGUUCAUGCUCAAUUCCAGGCUCACUUGCAGGCUCAGAGUUUGGCUUUAAAUCAAGGCCAGUCUGUUGGUUUGGGGAAUUUGGGGGUGUCAUCGCCAUCAGUGUCUACACCUGGCAAUAUGAGUGGUAAAAGGAUCCCAUUGAAACCCCCUAUUCGCCCUGUAGGGUAUUCUCCUCCAAACACAUUCUCGCCUCUAAGACCGAUGGAACUAACGCCUGCUGCUCGAAGGAAGAAACAGAAGGUCCCUGAGAAGCAACUUCAGGAUAAAGUAGCUGCUAUCUUGCCAGAGUCUGCACUGUAUACUCAGCUUCUUGAGUUUGAGUCUCGGGUUGAUGCUGCGCUUGCUAGGAAGAAGGUUGACAUCCAGGAAGCGCUUAAAAAUCCACCUUGUAUUCAGAAGACUCUUCGCAUAUAUGUCUUCAACACUUUUAAUAAUCAAAUUCGCACAAUUCCUAAUAAGCCAAAUGCCGAGCCACCUACUUGGACGUUGAAGAUAGUUGGGAGGAUAUUGGAAGAUGGCGUAGACCCUGAUCAGCCUGGGGUAGUGCAGAAGUCGUCUCCGUUGUAUCCAAAGUUCUCAGCUUUCUUCAAGAGAGUAACGAUUUCUUUGGAUCAGAGACUGUAUCCCGAUAACCACAUUAUUCAGUGGGAGAAUUCUCGAUCUUCUGCUCCUCAGGAAGGUUUUGAAGUAAAGAGGAAAGGGGACAAGGAAUUUACGGCAACAAUACGGUUGGAAAUGAAUUAUGUCCCCGAGAAAUUUAAGCUUUCACCAGCAUUGACUGAGGUUCUUGGUAUUGAGGUUGAUACUCGUCCUAGAAUUAUUGCUGCAAUAUGGCAUUAUGUAAAGGCCAGGAAGUUGCAAAAUCCAAGUGACCCUUCUUUCUUUCACUGCGAUCAGCCUCUGCAGAAAGUAUUUGGUGAAGAUAAGAUGAAAUUUACUAUGGUUUCACAGAAAAUAUCACACCAUUUGUUUCCUCCACAGCCUGUACUUUUGGAACAUAAGAUCAAGCUCUCGGGAAAUUGUCCAACUGGAACUGCUUGUUAUGAUGUAACUGUUGAUGUUCCAUUUCCUAUUCAGAGAGAGUUGUCUGUACUAUUGGCCAAUGUGGAGAAGAACAAAGAGAUUGAGCUAUGUGAUGAAUCGAUAUGUGGGAUCAUUAGAAAAAUCCACGAGCACCGUAGGAGACGAGCAUUCUUUCUUGGUUUCAGUCAAUCUCCUGUAGAUUUUAUUAAUGCCAUGAUCGAGUCUCAAAGCAGGGAUCUGAAACUUGCAGCUGGAGAACCCAGUCGCAACACUGAAAAAGAGCGUCGAUCAGAUUUCUACAACCAACCAUGGGUCGAAGAUGCUGUUAUUAGGUAUUUGAAUCGCAAACCGGCAUCAGGGAGUGACGCACCAGGAAGCACAUGAUGCCAGCAGUAUCAGGUUUAAUUAAUCAUUCUUCCAUUUUGGCGACACAUGUGAAGAUGUAUUUUGGGAAUUUUCGAAGUAGCUAGCUUUCCAUGCAGCUGGAACCAAUGCUGCACCUUUUGUAAUGCAAUAUAUGUUGUAUGAGUCAGUCUGAGAACAAAUAGUUGCAGUGAUGCUAAUUGUCCUAUCAUGAAAAAAAUGGUAUCGUUCCCGAUU